AAAACAUGUCUCCAAUUCAGUUAUGGUUAUGGGUUCUCCACGGAUUUUCUUUCUCUGCAGAGCAAGCACAACUAUUGGUAUGUUGAAAGUACAUGUACUGUUUCUUAUCUAUGAUGUAUGUUGGCACAAGACUAAUAUCAAAUAAUUCCCAAUUGGUCCAGUUCUGUUUGUUCUAAAAUAGCUCUUUUCUUCUAGCAUUUCUAGUGAGUUUGAAAUAUUUAAUUUAUUACAUGACUUCUUAUGCUGUGAGAAAGCCCUAUCUCAACAAAUUCACUUUUUUUCAUUUGGAUAACCUUUGCUGGAACAUUCCAUUUUUAGGAUAGACACCCUACUACAAGAACAAAACCUAUUUAUUGUGGUCAUGACGACAAAAGUACAGUCUAAGCUGCUAUAAGCAGACACCCUUAGGAAAAAUCAUCGCUUUCUGCUUAAAGGAGGUUAAAAGAUAUUGAUAGAAAGGAACGGGUCAGGGUAAGGCAGUCAGGCCGCACCCAAGGGAAGUUAACUUUACUCAGUGGAUUUUGGUUUCCUUAUAUACAAGAUGACCAGUUGGACAGAGGACUAACUGAUCAACUGUUUCUGUCCAUCUACAUGUAAUUUCUCUCCCACAGGUGGACAAUGUUCCCCAUUAUAGCAUUGAUUGGAAAGGCCCCCAACCUGAUUGUUAGUGGGUGGAAACAGUGUACUCCUGGAUGA